UCUCUCUCUCUCUCUCACACUCUUUAGGCUGUUGAACAAUGACGGUAUCAGGGCUGACGCAUAAACCGAGCACUUGACUGAAGGACUGUGGUCCUUCUCCCUCUCUGCCACCUGCGACGUAACACCGAAACGACGAGACGCUAUCAAGACAUGAUACCUGUGACUAUGGGCCUCCACUUGUGAAUGGAAGAUCACAUUUUUCUUUGACUCUCAGUGAUCAGGAGGUGUCAGAUGUGAGACAAACAACAAACCAAACCUGAGAGACAAGGAACAGGAACUUACGGAGCUUCAUGUCUGUGCUACAGAACCGAUAUCCUCCACUUCUUUGAGUCACAGAAGAAUUCAAAGAAGAAAUUGGGACAUAACUUUUUAGUAAACAUCACAACGGUGACACUAUGCUCUAAAGAGAUUGACUGAUUGCAGCGCUCCUUCACCGUAGAUAAGAGGAUCUUUUUAUACUUUUCUAAGCUGACAGAGAAACUGACUUAUCAUGGAUAUUUUUGGAGGUGCUCCCCGUGUUCUGGGCUACCCACGCCCUGUGGUGGCACAGUGCCACGCCGACGCCACACUGAGGUGCCAAAUCGGCGGAGACCCUCGUCCCGAUGUGAUCUGGGAGCGUAAAAAUGUCCAGAUCUCGUCGGAGGGACGCUACAAGCUCUCGGAGGAGGGGAAAGCUUUCCUGCUGACCAUUACAGGAGUGACGCAGCAGGAUGCUGGCCAGUACAUAUGCAAGGCUAGAAAUAGCGUAGGUGAAACAUAUGCAGCAGCUUCGCUCAAGGUAGAAGGCGAGGCACAAACACAGGAAGGGGGGCAGAGACAAUUAGGGGUCAAUUGCAUUAAGCAGCCAAUGAAAGAAAAUGGAGAAUUCGAAGGACACCUGAACGGCAAAGUGCAAAAUGAUGAACACAGGAAAGAAAAUGGAGCGAAGGUAAAUGGAAAACACAAAUACAAUGGCAAGUUUAGUGGAAAAAAAGAAGAGGCCGAGCUGAUAUCUGAUGAUAAGCCGCGGUUCCUCAUCAAGCCGCUCUCUCUGCGUGUGGACAGGGGAGAAGACGCUGCUUUCUCCUGCAAAAUCUGGGGCACUCCCUUGCCAGAGGUGACGUGGGAGAAGGACGGGAAGAAGCUGAACGACAUCUUCGAAAGUUCUCACUUCAGCGUGAGCAUCCAGGACGGCGGCUGGUUCCAGCUCAAGGUCUACAGGACGCGCAUGCCGGACAAAGGUGUCUACACCUGCAAGGCCGUCAACUGCAACGGCGGGGCUUUGGCUGGCGCCAUUCUCCUCGUGGAGCCCGUGCCAGAGCGAGAGGACGGUAAAAUGUCCUCAAACGGCCACACCAACGGUCAGUGUUCGCCGAAGCAUAGGGGCGGGCGACUCGGUUUGUUGAGGGUUAAGGAGGAGCCCCGAAUCAGCUCGUCUGCAGUCAAGAAGUUUGCCGUGGCAGAGGGGAAGCACGCCAAGUUUCGCUGCUUCGUGACGGGGAAGCCCAAACCCGAGAUCGUCUGGAAGAAAAACGGGGUUCCCCUGGAGCCCGGGAGGCGUCACCUGAUAUUUGAAGACAGAGAGGGCUACUACACGCUGAAGGUUCUGUACUGUAAGGAGCAGGACACGGGGCUGUACGUUUGUGCGGCGUCAAACACUCUCGGAAACACCCUCAGUGCCGUUCACCUCUCCGUCAAAGGCCCAGCUGUUCGGUUCAGGCGUCCACUGAAAGACGUGGAGGUGAGGGAGCGGGACAUCGCUGUGCUGGAGUGCGAGAUGCCCGAGGAGUCGGUCCCGGCCGCCUGGUACCUGGAGGACCAGAGGCUCGUGCCCAGCAGCAAAUAUGGGAUGGAGCAGAAGGGAACCAAGCGAAGGCUCACGAUCCAUGACGUCGGCACGGACGACGACGGAGUGUAUCUGUGUGAGAUGCCCGACGGAGGAAAGAGCAUCGCGGAGCUGUCAGUUAAAGGCGCUAUUGUUCGGAAGCUCCCCCGGAAGCUGGAGGUCCUCGAGGGCGAGAACGCAGUGUUCUGCGUGGAGGUGGAGGAUGACGAGCUGGAUGUCCACUGGUUCAAGGAUGGUCUGAAGCUGCACGAGACACACCAGACGAUCCUCAAGUCUUUCGGCAAAACACACAUUCUGGUCUUUGUCAACGUGGCCUAUCAGGACUCGGGGGUGGUGACCUUUGUCACAGGGAGAUCCAAGACCUCGUCACGUCUCAAGGUCAAAGCCUCGAGGCAUUGCCCCCCUAUCUGCCCCGUGGGAGUCACAAUGGAUGCAGAUCGACCCAACAGUGCCCUCCUCACCUGGGUCCCCUCCCCCAACAGCCCCACCUCCAGCCGCUCCAUCUUCGUGCUGGAGAGGCAAGAGGUGGGCUCGCAGGAGUGGCUGAAGUGUCAUACCUCGGAGACCGCCACCUCGGCCGAGGUCGGUGGCGACAGCGUGCCGUGUGAGGGGGACUACCGCUUCCGGGUGUGCUGUAUCAACAAGUACGGGCGAAGUGGCCACGUGGAGUUCCCCAAAGCCGUCCAUCUGGUUCCUGGGCCCAAAAUUCACAGUCGCCUCCAGGGCUGUGAGCUUGUGGAGGGAGAAGAUGCUCACUUCUCAAUCGAACUGUCCGCCUCAAUGGUCGGAACCUGGUUCCUGAACAGCGCCCAGCUGCAGCACGGCGGACGGUACCUGAUACAACAGUUGCAGACACAGCACUCGCUGGUUAUCCGCGACACUUGCACCACAGAGGAUACGGCCGAGGUCACGUUCAUAGCCAACGGAGUGCGUGAUUCUGCCGUGCUCAAAGUUAAACCUGCUGUGGUCAAAUUCAGCCCUGUGUCAGAAUUGGACAGCAAUAAGAGGGUUGAGACGGGUGAUGCCAUUGUUCUCUACUGUGAAGUCUCCCACCCCUGUGCGAAAGUGUCCUGGUUCAAAGAUGGCGAGGAGAUCAAGAUGACAGAUGGCCUGAACAUCCAAUCAGAUGGGAACAUGAGGAGGAUAGUGAUCCAGUCCGCUGAUGUGUGUCACUCUGGUGUUUACACAUGUGAGACAUCAGGGGACCGCAUCAAAUUCAACGUGGGCGUUGCGGGUCCUGCUGUGGAGUUUAGUCCCGUCCCAGAGGAGGAGCUCCAUAAGAGCAGCAUGGAGCUGGACCCCGUGGUGCUGCUCUGCCACGUCUCCAGGGACGAUGCUGAAGUCGUGUGGUAUAAGGAUGGCUGCGAGAUCCGGCCCAGUGAUAAGGUCACUCUGCAGGAGGAGGGAACGGUGCGGAGGUUAAUAAUCCGCUCUGCAGAAAUCGCAGAUGCUGGCAGCUACACCUGCCAGGCGGGAAACAACCGCAUGGAGUUCGAUGUCAAUGUCAGAGAGCCUCUGGUGACGAUUGUUGAACCCAAGGAUGACGCGGUGAUGGAAAGCUACGUGUCUGAGGAGAUUCGCCUGCAGUGUGAAUUGUCACGCACCAGCGGAAAGGUGCAGUGGUUCAAGGAUGGCCAGGAGGUAGAGGAGAGCGACAAUAUCCAGCUGAUAUCUGAGGGUCCUUACAGGAGACUGACCGUCCCCUGCGGGACAGAGGAGGAUGGCGGAGAGUAUGUCUGCAAAACGGACGGAGAUUCUGUUUUCUUUCAGCUCACUGUCACAGAACCACCAGUGCGAAUCGUUUCUCCGAGUCAAGCAGAGCUGGAACUGAGUCAUUUGGCCUCUGAGAGGCUGGAGCUCAGCUGCGAGAUCUCCCAGGCAGAUGCUCCCGUUCGCUGGUACAGGGACGGCCUCGAGGUAGACAAGGGUCCCAAUUUGAUCCUUGAGGUAGAUGGGGCCAAACACAGGCUAGUUAUUCCCGUGACCACUGUGGAUGACACCGGGGAGUACAUAUGUGACACUGAAGAUGACUCUGUGGCGUUCCUUGUCACUGUUACAGAGGCACCGGUGACGUGUACUCGUCCGAAGGACACGCCCGACAAACUGGAGAGCUUUGCGGGCAAACCGAUUGUGAUGGAGAUUGAGGUGUCCCGGCCGAAUGCAGGAGUCAAGUGGUGGCUGAAUGGCAGAGAAAUAGAGGAGAGCAUCGACAUCACAAUCGCAGAGGAUGGGCUCGUCCGUCGACUGACCAUCCACAAUCCCACCCCCAAGGAUUCUGGAAAAUACACCUGCGACGCUGCCGAUGAUAAAAUUGAAUUCCAGGUCAAAGUGUCAGAGGCUCCGGUAAAGAUCUUAAGGAAGUCAGAGAUGAAGACAAAUAUGAAAACCCUCCUUUCCGAUGACAUUGUGCUGGAGUGUGAACUCUCCAGAGCCAGUGCCGUCGCCAAGUGGUACAAGGACGGCUGUCGCAUUGAGGGUGAUGAAAGGUUCUGUGAAGAGGAAGAAUGUUCUUUCCGCUCGCUGGUAAUCCUCAACGCUGAACUCAGAGACUCGGGAGAGUACUUCCUGGAUGUUGGAGAUGACAGUAUCACCUUCCAGGUUACAGUAGAAGAGCCUCCGGUGACCAUUGUCGGGAAUUCAAUCGACCCCGACUACCAGGAGAUGGUGUCAGGUGACGACCUGAUACUGGCCUGUGAGGUGUCCCGUGCCAGUGCCCCCGUCCAGUGGUACUUCAAUGACAAACCGCUCACCAGCGACCCGCGCACCUACAUCGAGAGCUAUGGGACCCUGAGGAAAAUUAUCAUCACAAAUGUCCAGCCCUCGGAUUCCGGGAAGUACAUUUGCGACGCCGUGGACGACAGGAUGAUCAGUGUGAUCAGGAUUCAAGAGCCCCCGGUAGUGUUCUUGAACAAGGAGGACGACAUUGUGGUGACGGGUUACGAGGCAGAGAGCGUGACCUUGACGAGUUAUGUGUCCAAGGACAGCGCGCUUGUGCGUUGGCUGAAAGACUGGACGCCUGUUGAAGGUGAACGCUUCCGAGCGCUCAUGGAGGGCCACAAACGCAUGCUCACCAUUGAGCCUCUGAGGCGCUCUGAUGCUGGCGAGUACACGUGUGAUGUCAACACAGACCAGAUUCCCUUCAGCCUGCUGGUCAAAGAAAUGAGAAUCAAGUUUGUGAAGCCUCUCCGGGAUACCGUGGCCCAUGCUGACGGCAUGGUGACCCUUCGCUGCGAAGUGUGCAAGCCAAAAGCGGAUGUCCAGUGGCUGCAGAAUGGUGCGGAAGUGGUCCCAGGCAGGAGGUUCUCCAUUCGGGCUGACGGAGUGGAGCGGAGCUUGACCAUCCACCGGUUGACCAGAGAAGAUGCUGGGGAGUACACCUGCGAGUCCCGGGACGACCAGACUGUGGCAUCGCUGAGAGUCGAGAUGCCUCGAGUGGUGGAGUUCCUCACAGAGCUCCACAACACCACCGUGCUCGAAGGAGAAGACGCCACUUUCAAGUGCGUGGUUUCCCCGGAGGACGUCCAGCUGGUCUGGUUCAUGGACAACGAGGCGAUCUCCUUGGGUGACCGUUUCCAGGCAACGCAGAACGGCCUUUGCCACACCUUGGUGAUCAAGAAGUGCCAGGUGCUGGACUGCUCCAAGAUUUCCGCAGAGGCCGAGGGGAAUACGAGCAAAGCCAGCCUCAAAGUUCAGGAGGCUCAGGUUAUGUUUACGCGGAAAAAAAUGGAGGCUGUCAUGGCAGAGGAGUUUGGAGAGGCUACCUUGGAAACAGAGAUCAGCCUGGAGACAGGCGAGGUUCAGUGGAUGAGGCAGGGGGUGGUGAUCCAAGCCGGACCCCGACACACGCUCGGCCAGAGCGGCUGCAAGCGCAGUCUGACCAUCUGCAACCUGAAUCUGUCAGACAGGGGGACCUACCGCUGUGAGACCCUGCAUGACCGCACACAGGUCAAGCUCAACGUAGAACCCCGUAAAAUCUCCAUCCGUAAGGGCCUGACGGACCAGGAAACCCUCGAACGGGAGACGGCCUCCUUCGAGGUGGAGCUCUCGCACACGGACGUGGAGGGGAUCUGGCAGAAGGACGGCAUUCGCGUGAAACCGAACAACCAGUGGCGUGUGAGCACCAAUGGGCUAGUCCACGGCCUCACCCUGUCCAACCUCACCCUGGAGGACACGGGCACCAUCGUCUUCUCCGCUGAAGGGGUGCGCUCCUCCGCCAGGCUCACCAUCAAAGAGACGCCGGUGUCUAUCUUGAGAACACUGGCUGACGUCCGUGUGGAGGAGGAACUGCCUGCCACUCUGGAGUGUGAAUUCUCCCGACAGAAUGUUGAAGUCAGAUGGCUCAAGAGCGGGGCAGAGCUGAAGCCAGGGAAGAACUGUCGGAUCUACUCCAUGGGUCGCAAGCGUUUCUGUCAGAUCCUGCAGUGCUCCCGGGCCGACUCCGGCACCUACACAUGCGACGCAGGGGAAAUUAAGACUUCCUGUUCCCUGGGGGUGUAUGAGCACGCGUUGGAGAUAGUGCAGGACCUGGAGGAUCUGUACAUCCAGGAGGACCAGAACGCCGUGUUCAUGUGCGAGGUGUCUCUGGAGGACGUGGCGGGAGAGUGGCACAAGGACGGCCACAAGAUCCGGCCCACCAGCACCAUCAAGAUCCGCACCGAAGGGCCCAAACACUUUCUGUUGAUGUGUAAUGUGAAACCAGAAGAUGUGGGGGAAAUCCGGUUUGUGGCCAGAGAUAUUGAAUCCACAGCUUACCUUGAGGUCGAAGAGCUUCCGGUUUCCAUCGUCAAACCGCUGCGGGACCGGACCGCGCUGGAGAAGCACCGCGUGAUCCUCGAGUGCACCGUGUCGUCGCCUCGCUGCGACGCCACCUGGUAUAAGGGCCGCGACGAGCUGGUCCCCUCCGACCGAGUGGAGAUAGCAGUCGACGGCUGCUGCCACAAGCUGGUGAUCCAGCAGGUGUCGGUGGAGGACGAGGGCAUCUACAGCAUCGAGGUCGGGGGGCACACAUCCGAGGCCAGGCUGAUGGUGGAAGCCCAGGCCCUUGUGAUGGUCAAAGAGCUGGAGGACGUGGAGGUGACCGAGCCAGAGUCGGCGUCCUUCCAGUGCGAGGUGUCAGUCGCCAUAGGCAAGCCCCCCGUUUGGACUCUGAACGGGGAGACCCUUCACCCGGGCCCCUCCGUCCGGCUGGAAACCCACGGGACUGUCCACAAGCUCACCCUGAGGAACACCGGGGUGGACACGAGCGGGACGAUCAAGUUCACCAUGGGCAAGGCCAAGAGCAGCGCCACGCUCCGAGUUGUGGCAGAGUAGAAGAAGAAGACGAAGAAAGACAAAAGCAGGUGACACUGCCAGAAGGUGAAGAAACUGACUGCAAAAAUGGGAAAUACUCAUAUGACCCCUUGAACUUUUUAAAAUCCAUUUCCUGUGAUUGGAUGGCCUGCACUUUUCUCAUCUUGAGUUCAUUUCAAAUUGAGCGUAUUCGGUGGAGCUGGUACUGGACUAAGCAUUUUAAACCAGAGGCGUGUUUCUUCAGUCCAGUUUUUGUAGAUUGUAUACAUUUUAGUUUACUUCAUUGUAUUCUGAUGAAAAGCCCCCAAAAUAAAAUAUAAUAUAACAGUGGUCCCACCAAGUAAAACACUUUUUAAAAUGUUUCCUGACUCAGGAAGACGCCAUUUAAUGUAAAGAAAUAAUUCAAAGGUAGCACUGUCCAUAUUAGUCACACACGUUUAAUUUUUACGUAAUUCAAAUUAUGAAUUAACUUUUUCUUGCCACCGAAACUUUCAAUAAUCAUAUUUUUCUAGAUAUUACAACAGUUUAUCAUUUUAUGACAAUUAAAAACAGGAGGACAUUUUUUUUUUUAAAUGUAUGUUGAAAUUGUGGUAUGUAUUGGACACAAAAACAGUGACUCAUGUUCAGCUUUGUAUCAAAAUGCUUUACUGAUUAAACUUAAAAUCCAAAAUGUUUUUUAAAAAUUAACACGUGAGUCAGUUACACGAGAUCAUGAGAAUAUAAAACUCUUGAAAUGCAUACAGAUCACAGCAAAAGUGCAAAUGUGCUCAAGGACCAAUGUCGCAAUAAAUAAGAAUAUUUACAUCCUCACAGUUUCAAACUUCAAAUGCACGCACGCACACGCACACACACACACACACACACACACACACACUUUGAGGUUCAGUUGCUGGGCUGUAACUGUGUCACACAACAACAAAUGGAGAGAAAAUAAAAGUGUAAGUUAAAAUCCCA